AGUAAAAAAAAAUUAGAAACAAACGGAAGUUUGUAAAUAACCGCCUGAAUUUUUUUCCGGCGAGUGGAGAAAAGGCCGGAGAGAAAAAAGAAGCAUUUUAAUGGCUGGUUACCUCAACGAAGAGGAGGUCUGGAAGUGUGCAAAGCAUCCGUCGAAACGACACCGAAGUGGAAUUUGUCCUGUCUGCCUCAGAGACCGCCUCGCCUCUCUGUGUCCCGAUUGCGCGCACACGCGUCCUUGUACUUGUAGCACCGUGUCCACCGCUUCCUCUUCUUCUUCUUCUUCUACCUUUUCUCGAUUCUCCGCCUCCGGAGUCGGUUCCGUCGGUCGCGUCUCUAAUCUCAUUGAAAGUGAACCGGCUUUACGGCGAUCAAGAUCGCUUUCGGUUCCGUUUCUUCGAUCGAAACCGGAGAAUUACAGCGAGAGGAAGUAUGAUUUUUCUGGAAAAGGCAAGAAAUCGCCAUUCUGGUCGGUGUUUAAGAGCAAGAAAAGGGAUAGCGAAGGCAGAGAGGGAGCGAAAUCGAGAAACGUAGUGGAAGAAAGAAGGACGAUGAUGAAAAAAUCGAGGUCGGUCGCAGUUCCGCCAGUAACUUCAGAAACCAACACCGGCGAGAUAAAAUCAUCGCCGGCGCCGAAAUGGAAGGUUUGGUUCUUUCCGAGUCCGAUCAAGGCCUUCAGGCAGUCCAGAGUUUCCAAAUUGGUGUUUAACGUACGGUCUCCGCUGUACAGAGGCUAAUUUUUUUUUUUUUUUCCAUUUUUUCCGUUUUCCAGGAAAUUUCAAAAUUUGUAGGAUCUAAUUAACAGAGGAAAGAAAAUUGUUUUUUUCUUUACCUUUGAUGUUGUUACUUGUGUAAGUCGAAUUUACAUUACCACAUCGUUACCUAUAUGAAUAAAUUUUUUUCUUUUUG